CUCAGCAACAAAAACCAUGAAAACCCCACCAACCCCUCCAUCUAUCGGUGCAACACGUAUCACAACUCAAGAAAGCUCUCACUAAAUAAAUUUCAACAACGAAUGCUCUCGUCAUGACAUUCGUAUCAGAUCAACUCCUUCAUCUAGACGCCCAAAUCGACCGCCUGGCACUUGACCGUCUGCCCUUGACUUUCGACUCCCACCCCGCAACACCUCAUUCACUCCCGAGUCAGCCUCCACGCCUUCCUCCGCCGACACCCCGCGCGAUAAAACUUCAGAAUAUAAUAAAAUCUCUUUCAACGACCACUCCCCGUACUCUUCUUUCACCUAAACGAUUGGUUUCCCUCCUCAAGAAUGCCACAAUCCCGACCCAUACCUACGGCUCAUACGAAGCAGAGCUGUACGAAACAGAACUUGAAUGGCUGCUGCUGAGUAAGGCUACGAUACAAACCUACGGAAUCGUUCUAAAUUCUCUCCUCGAGCAAACGCUCCCGUUGUCUCAGGAUCUGUUCUAUUGGGAUGAGGUUGCUGGCAGUUAUAGCUACACAGCACUGUACUCUCUACAAACUGCGCCGGAGAAGAUGUGGGACUUAGGGAGGGAGAGUUUGCUAGAGAAUGAUAACCAAAGUGAGAGGGAAGAUACCAAGGGAAAAGAAACUUUGUCAGCUACCGCAAGAAGAUUUUAUGCACUCGUCCGGAAUUCAUUAAGGGACCGGAGCCUCGUUGAGUUUCAGAGGGUUGGGGCCUUGUCGCCGUUUUCACUGGCUAGGCAUGAGAUACGGAUGAAGCAGGCUGGCAUUAAAAAACUGCGGGAAAUGCAGGCUUCUGCUUUAGGCGUAUUGAUUGGGGAAGGGCUAUCUUUUGGGUUCGAGGAGGAGGAACAUGAGGAGUGGAAGAUUAUUGUUGAAAGAGCAGUAUUGUUGAUGGAGAAGGUGGUUAGGAAUGUCUCUUCGGUGGAAAGCACACUGGACGAGUUUGAAGAGACCGUGUUUUCCCUCGACGGACUUGGGGGAAGGACCGAUGACGAUGAGGAAGAUGAACGAGGAUCAAGGUUAUCCUUAAGGCAUUAUACUGGUGGCUCCGGGGGAAGAGUCGCAACGUCAGCAUUAGAGAAACAACUCCAAGAAAUUCUCCUCAAGCACCUCCCUGCCCAGUCAAUUGCUUCUAGAGCGUUAAUAUCAACCCAUGGCCGCCCCAGUAUAAUAACUAGAUACUGGUUACCAGCCACAGCCCUUUUACUCUCGUCUUCCACGGUUCUUAGGAUCCUCGUGAACCGUCAGGCAGAGCUGAAACAAUGGCUUCAGGAACUUGGUGCAACAGCGGUUGACUUUUGGACGAACUGGGUUGUGGAACCAGUCCGAAAAAUCAUUGGGACUAUCCGUCACAGGGAGGACUCGGAAGUUGCGCUCAUGAGCCGGAGCUCUUUGAAGGCCGAUAUGGAGUCCCUAGAACGGAUGGUAGUUGAUUUUGCCGCGGAUAAUCCUGCAACAUCUUUACCUGAGGGCUCGAUGCCGUCCCCAUUGACGGAUCUUCAAAUCCAGGCUAUUAGACAGGCAGUCCACGAAGGAGACCUAACACCGGUUCUCAAGUCCUACGAGCAAGAGCUCAGGGCCCCUUUCAGAGGGGCGGUUAAGGGAGAGCUACUCAGAGCUCUUUUAAUUCAAAUACAAAAGACGAAAGUGGACGUCGAGGUAGCCAUCAGUGGGAUUGAUCAUCUUCUCAAGUCACAGGAGUUGGUUUUUGGCAUGGUGGGUCUUACUCCUAGUGCACUAGCCUGCGUAGGAAUAUUCCAGUGGGCAAGGCAUUCUAUGGGCAAAGGCAGAGGCCGUCGUAGCGGCCAGCGUGGCGGAGAGAUGGUCAGAACUUUAAGAAACAUCGACAGAAUCCUUACCGGUAGCGCCGCUUACAGAACUGGUGAACGUGAUGAUGAUAGAGGCGGAGUCCUCACUUACAAAGAGCACGGCCUGCUACUUUGCGAGGUCCAUGUCCUAAGGGAGUUCGCCAAGAAGACUCUUCCAAUAGGCGUUUGGGCCGAGUUCGUGGAGGAUGUGGAGGAGCUGGUCGAUGUGAGACGGGGUGUGAAAAACCAAUUCAGGGUCUUGGAGAGAAUUAGAUGGGCAUAUGCAAAGUGGAUCAGAUAGUAAGGACAUCCCGGCAGGGUGUAACGGUUAGAAUAGGGAACUAGGGAGGUUGAUGACAUUCGAAGUCGGUGGCGAGCGUCUUAGGUUUUAUACUCAAAGAAUACCUUCCUUCGAAUCUACACCCGGUAGCAAAUCUCCUAGGUUAUGUACGAGUACCGUAACCCACUUUAAACCCUGCCUGUCUACUAUUACUCGUAGAACAUGUAUGAUAUUUAAAAUAGCGUCGAAACGUGGCAGGUUAUUCUCAAAUUAACAAAGAGCCAUGUACUCUUGAAUUUUCUCUGCGGAGAACUCAUAUUGUACCCGA